ACAAAGAAGAUACGACGACUUUAAUGAGACUCUUCCUCUUCUCAGAUCAGAUCAGAUCAGUCUAUUGAAGCUGGUAUUUCACAACAGCCCUGUGACUCAGAGGGAAGAAACAAGCUGCAGUUAGAGGCGGAGCCACAGGUGAGGGAGGAGAGCUUCAGCGUCACUCUGAAGAAAUGAAACUUAAAGUUUGUCAGGGUGUCGACCACGCAGCCGUCCAGAAAGGUUUCCGUUUCUCUUCAAAGAAAUUACACUAACUUCAUCCAAUCUUUGUCAACGACACAGCAGAGUCUCUGCAAACACUGAUAUGGCUGCUGCAAACUAUCAUCGGUCUGAGGAUCAGUUUCUCUGCUCCAUCUGUCUGGAUGUGUUCAAUGAUCCUGUCACCAUACCAUGUGGACACAACUUCUGCAAAAACUGCAUCACUGAACACUGGAACACCAGCGACCAGUACAGGUGUCCAAUAUGUAAGAAGGUUUUCAACACAAGACCUGAGCUGCAUGUCAACACUUUGCUCUCUGAGAUGGUUGGUCAGUUCAGAGACAAAGCUCAGCAGGAAGCCAGCAGCAGCAGCAGCUCAGAGCUUCAAGAGUCCAAACCAGGAGAAGUUCUAUGUGAAGCCUGCACUGGACCCAAACUGAAGGCCCUGAAGUCCUGCUUAGACUGUCUGGUCUCCUACUGUGAGACUCACCUGGAGCCUCAUCUGACAGCUUCACGUCUGAAAAGACACCAGCUGAUCGACCCUGUGGAGAACCUGGAGGACAGGAUGUGUAUGAAGCACGAUAAACCUCUGGAGCUGUUCUGUAAGACCGAUCAGACCUGUGUCUGCAUGCUCUGCUCUGUUUUAGACCACAAGACACACGAGUUUGUUCCUCUGAAAGAAGAAUAUGAAGAAAAGAAGGCAGAGCUAGAGGAGACAGAGGCUGAAAUUCAGCAGAUGAUCCAGAAAAGACAACUGAAGAUUCAGGAGAUCAAACACUCAGUGGACCUCAGUAAGGACGAUGCAGACAGAGAGAUGGCAGAAGGUGUUCGAGUCUUCACCGCUCUGAAGGAGUCUGUUGAGAGAGGCCGGGCCGAGUUCAUCAACACGAUCGACAAGAAGCUGAAAACAACAGAGAAACAGGCCGAAGCUUUCAUCAAAGAGCUGGAGCAAGAAAUCUGUGAGCUGAUGAAGAGGAGCACUGAGGUGCAGCAGCUCUCACGCUCUGAAGACCACUUCCAUCUAAUCCAGAGAGUCCAGUCUGUUAACUCUGCUCCACCCACCAAAGACUGGACAGAGGUUAAUGUCUGUCAACCACUUUAUGAGGAGACUGUGAGGAACGCUGUGGCUCAGCUGGAGGAGACUCUCAGUGAAGAGAUGAAGAAGUUGUUGGAUCAAGCUGAGCUGAAGAGAGUCCAGCA